AUCGACCUGGAGAACAAAAAAAGAAUUAAUACUGCUUCAAAAUUAUUGAGAUCAUUUGAAACAAACUUCCUUUAAUUGCUGAGAGAUGACUUCCUUCAGACACACCCCAACUACUUCCUAAACUCUAGUAGAGUUGGUGAGUAAUGCAAAAGAAACAUUAGGAAUAAUUUGUCAAGGGGGAGGAGAAAACAAAGAUCCUGUGGGUGUUCACUUCUCAUUGCACAAGUUACAUCAAAACAAUGUGAAGCCUACCAAAGUACCAAUAAGCAUAUCAAAGGCGGAGAUGAAGCCUGAAAACAGUACACCAAUCAUAGGCAGUUAUGCAGUUCAUUCAAGGUCUUCACUGUGUUUAGUAGGUUUAAAAAUACUUAUGCAUUUGCCAAUCCAAACAAGUUCAAAAAUAAACUCAAAAGAGCAAUGUGCAUAUGUUUUCUCCAACAUUUGGUGGAGUUGGUUAAAAAUGCAAAAGAAUCAUCAAGAAUUAUUUGCGAACAUAACAGCAUUCAAAAUCAAGAUCCACUAGAUGAUUUACCGUUCUCAAUUCCCGCCAGUUUCUUGGUAAUAGGGAAUCAUCGUCAUCGGAGGAACCAGUGUCGGAGGAACCAGCGCCGGAGGAACCAGCAAUGCUCGACGACCCCCAAGUAAAUGCCAAUGACGAAGUGCGAUUGGGCCCUGCGUGCACAGAAGAACCCACGCGGCCAAGCCAAGGUGACCAGAGGUGGCGGUUGCGGCGGCUGGCAUGGCGGAGUGCGACGGUUGCGGCGGCUCUCAACAUAUUUCUGAUCUGAAGCGGAAAUGAACUUGUCAACGAACGAGAGAAGAGAAGUGUGAGCAAGGAACCGAGAGAAGGUGGAUGCGCGAUCAGGGAGGACGUGGUGGCGGCGCAGCAUUGGAUGGUGGUGGGUUUCAGGUGCUGUGCUAGGGUUUUUCGUGGAAGAAGAAAGGGUUGAAGCUCGGGGAUUUAGUGCUCCUCUAAUUGCUGUUGAUGGACUUAUUAGUUAUUAUUGAGUAUUAAAUAUUUGUGUCAAAAUGUUUUCUAUUUUCUUACCCAUCCCAGGUCUUCUAUUUUCUAAUUUCUCGAACGUUUUUUCUAUUUCCUUUUCCCUGAUAUGAUGUGAGAUAUAUUUUCUCCAUGAUUGCAUGUUAUUUUUCGGUGGCUGUUAGGGUGCUAGUGCACUCUAGGUUUUGUACCGUGUAAGAGCUAAAAUGACCCACAAUAGUGGGUUUAGCUACCCGUUGAUAAAAAAAAUAAUAAUAGAAGAUUACAAAAAUACCUAUUUUACAUUCUGCCUUCUCUCUACCUCUCCUUCUCCCUUCUCUCUGCCUCUCCCUUCAACAUGUUGCAGAAUAUCAAAAAUCAUGCAUGUUGCAGAUAUAUCAAAAUCAAAAUCAACAAAAGAGAAUGAAGAAAACACAGCGUGGAAAGAAAGUGAUGAUCCCACAUGAUCAGAGAUUGCAUAAAUAAAAAUGAAAAGAACUCGAUGAGCACAAACCACCAUCGAAACCCAGAUUCGCCCAAAGAUCCAACCCACCACCGUGAAUGCGUCUAACCCAGAUUUGGACAGCCAAAAGAUUUUUAGUGACAGAUGGGCAUGGACUAACCAAAUCUGGUUCACUCGAAGAACAACGACCUCCGCCACACCACCUCCCCUUUCCUGAGUCGCGCCUCCAACCACCUCGCCAGCGUUCUCUGCGACCCAGAAGCUGAAGCAGUUCUUCAACCGUGGCGGCGGAAAUGGGGUUGCAUCAAAGUUCCAUCAGGAACAAUCGCUGCCACAACCAAUCAGAUCGAGAAAAUUCAAACCCUCAUUCGGAGACAACCCAGAUUUGGUGCUCUUUUCAGGUUCCGAGGUCCAUUUGCACCCAGAUCAUCUUCCCAGCGACGAUGGCUAACCUCUAGUGUGGGUCUGAUUCUGAGAAAUGGUAGUUCAAAAUCUGGGUUUGGUUCUUAUUUUUAUUCUGAUCUCAUUUAAUCAUUUUGAUAUAAUUUUGGUCAAGGUAUUGAGUGCGUUACAACUUCCUCUUAAAAAAAUUCUGGAUUGAUACAAGGUUUUGGGGAUUGGGGUGAAGGAUUUUAAAAUUAAAAUGGAUUGUUUGUGUGUAUUUUCCAGAGAAAGAUUGAGGUGUUCUCCCCUUUAUUGUUGUGUAGAGAUUCUUCCAUAGCUACAUUGUUGAUUCAAGCGUAUUAUGAUUUGUGCUUUUGUGUCUCAGUUUUCUGAGAUUUGAAUCUUUCAAGUAUUGAGGAAGAAAGGUAGGGGUUUUAAUGUAAAAGACAAAUUAAAAUCAUAAUAAAUUAUAAAUCUAAAAUUACAGGUUCAAUAGGUAACCCAUAUGGCAUCUUAACAGAAUAUUCUAUUUUUGUGGUUGUGAAAGUGUCUUGCACCGGUGCAUGACCCAACAGCUAUUGCACCUUAUACUCCACCUUAUUUUUCCUUGUUCUAAUUUUUCUCCUUAUUUAGAAAAUAGAACUCAGAAAUUUGAUUCUUAGAAAUAUUAUGAUGGGAAUGUUAUUUAAGGGCAAGCUUGAAAAUCCAUAAUACCUGAUAAUAAUUUUUUUUUGAAACUUAUACUAAACAUGAGAUUAUGAGAAUGUUACAUUCUCCGUACUUCUUAACAUAGAAUAUUUAAAGAUCUCUUCUACCAAACGCCCACUAGGAAAAGUUAUUAGUUUGUGUUUACACUUCUUCUCUUCUUUUUCCUUUGAUAUAUUGUGGGCUUAAUUGCACUUUUGGUCCCCCAACUAUGGCCUUCCUGCGAAAAUCGUCCCUAAACUUCAAAAUUAGCAAAACUCGUCCCCCAACUAUACACACAGUUGCAAUUUUGGUAUUCCGUUAGCAUUCCGUCAGAAAUCUAACGUGAGAAGCUUACGUGGCUUACUCACGCGUUUCUCACGUGAUCAUUCAGGAGAGAGAGUGAUGAGUGGACAAACAUGUGAUUUUCACGUGACCUAACUAAGCUACAACAGGUCAAAAUUAGGGUUUUUAAUUUCAAAACCUAAGGGACCAAAAUUGCAGCUCACAGAAAAUCCUAGGAGAAGAGAACGAUCACGAUGACAGCCAAGAAGGCGACGCCGACGAAGAAGGUGAAGAAGACGACGACAAACAACAAUGGACCCAAGAAGAGGACCCCGAGGAAGAAACCAUCUGCGACCAACAACAAUGGACCCAAGAAGGGGACCCCGAGGAAAGUGAUUGAGAAGAACGUGGAUUGUGACAAGGAAGAAGCAAGUAGUGUGGUCCCAGAACGUGAAGUUUCUCGGGAUGCUGUUCCUUUGCCCUCUACCCAUGUGCGAAGGUAGGAUUUUUUAUUCUUCCCUUUAUCUUUAUGUCAUGUUGAAUGGGUAGUUGAAUUAAAUCAAUGUUGUUUGUUGUCCUUUAGGCUUGAAUUUAAUAUUGUCCUUUAGGCAACAUUGUUGUUUGUUGAAUUUAGGCUUGAAUUUAAUAUUGUCCUUUGUUUUGUCCAGCUCCUUAGUGUCUAAUAGUAUAAGAAUACUGCUGCAUCAUGGUGGGAAAUUGACCUUUGAACCCAAAUUUGAAUAUCAUGGUGGUUCUGUAGAACAAUUGGUUGACUGGGACACAGAUGUAAUAUCUUCUAUUGAGAUGGGUAAGGAGGUAUUUAAAUUAGGGUAUAAGGCUUUUAAAGCUUUAUGGUACAGGCACCCUGGGGCAAUAGGUCCAAGUGGGAAUAGGCGUAUAAUCACUGAUAAGGAUGUGCACCAGUUCUGCUCUGAUGUUAAGGGGUAUAAUCUAGUCCAUUUAUUUGUUGAGCAUGACAAUGAGAUAUCAUUAGAUGUUGUUGACUCAGAUGAUGAUGUGGCAAUAGUUGAUAGGUUGGAUGUGAUUUGUGGAAAGUUGAUUCAGGGAGGAAAGGAUGUGGAAAAGGAUAAGGUGAUUCAAGAGGAGGUUGUUUCUGUGGCACUAGAGUGUGAGAAGGAUGAAGUGGUUGAAGAAGAACCUGAUAAGGAAAGGGUGGUGGAAGAAGAGGUUGGUAAGGAAACCUGAGAACUAUGUGGAUCCAAGCUACAGGAAAUCAACUUUCCUGGAAACAUAUUCUUAUCUAAUCCAGCCCAAUAAUGGGCCUAAGUUAUGGCCAGAAGAUCCUGCACCACCCCUGAACCCUCCUUUUGUAAGAAGAGCUCCUGGGAGGCCAAAGAAGGCUAGAAACAAGGCAAAUGAUGAGAAGAAGAACCCUACAAAGUUGAAGAAAGGAGGUUCUGCACUAAAAUGUAGAAGAUGUGGAGGACAAGGGCACAAUGUAAGAACUUGCAAAGCCAAGGACCUAGCUGACAGAGAGAUUCCUGUUGGAGGGAAUAAGGAUAACCCUACACUACUGCAACCUGAGCAGAGGGAUGUGCAAACUACUCAAAAUGCAACUCAGGAUGCACCUCCUGUGAGCCAGACCCAGGGUGAUCCUCCUCUUAGCCAAUCUCAGGCUCCACAGGCUCCACAAUCUCAGGCUCCACAUGCUCAAGCUAAAGGGAAAGGGAAAGUGAAACAGCCAGCCAAAGGGAAACAGGGACACAAUGCUAAGGGAGGAAAGAAGAGGAAGCUUGGAGAAGUUAGUGGAUCAAAGUAGUAAUGUGUUUUAGGCUUCAAAAAGUGUAAUGUGUUUUAGGCUUAAGUGACAAUCUUGCAAUGUGACUCUUUUUAAUGUUUCUGUAAUGUGGUUUAGGCCUAAGUGCCAAUUGAGCAAUGUGACUCUUUUUAUGGUUUCUGUAAUGUUGUUAAGGCCUAAGUGCCAAUUGUGUACUCUACUGUGGGUGUUUGAUGACAAAUGAAGGCCUAAGUGCCACUGUUAUUUUGUUGAA